UGUAACCGAGGCAAUGCAUGCACUUCAAUAUUAUUUUUGGUACAUAAGACCUUAUCAGGCCUAAAUUUGCUGGCGAUGGGUUGUAGGUGAAAAUAGACUUGGAGACUAUGGAUGACGAUGCAGCUGUCAUCUAUGGACUCGAAUUCCAGGCAAGAUCACUUUGUCCACAGUAUGGUGAAAAUGACUCAAUCCGGUUUCUGGUUGGCACACAGUCCCUGAGGUCAGAUAAUCAGGUACAUCUGAUUGAUUUUGAUGAUGAGAGCAACCUUGUAAACAAACACAUUUUUAUGCACAGUGCUGGUGAGAUUUGGCAUAUCAAUUCAAGUCCAUCUGACAAAAGUGUAUUGUCAACAUGCUACAGCCAAAUUAAAGAAAAUAAAAGCGAAUUGAUAGCCUCGCUUUGGAGAAUUCCGCCUCUCGAUGACACGGAACCGCCAGGCAGUCCAAAUGAACUUGGAAGUCCUAUCUCUACUGGCCAUCAGAACAUCUCCCUAAGAAAGCUGUGUGACUUCAAAGGGGAUCAUAAGAACAUCAAAAACGUGCUUUGGAAUCCAAGCGGCGAUUCAAAUGCUGUAUUGACUGUAACUGAUCAGUUUAUUGACGUUUGGGCAGUGGAUGAAGGCUCGGCACAGCUCAUUGACACGAUGGGACUUGACGGUAAAAGUCAACCGAAGUUUCUCAAUGCCAGAUUUAACCCACAUCAUGCUGGCAAGCAAGUAGCUGCUGCGGUGGAGAACACAAUAAGAGGCUGGGAUCUUAGGUCAUCCAGACAAGCCUAUGUUAUUGAAAAUGCUCACAGCCAAACCGUACGAGACAUUGAUUUCAAUCCAAACAAACAAUAUUGUUUGGUUAGCUGUUCUGAUGACUGCAAAACCAAGUUUUGGGACGUCCGAAAUAUUGAGGCACCACUUAUGGUUCGAAAUGAUCAUUCUCAUUGGGUAUGGAGUGUUCGUUAUAACCAUUUUCACGAUGAGCUCCUUCUAAGCUCGAGUAGUGACAGCCGCGUGGUUCUUCUUAGCAUUCCUUCAUUAUCUUCUGAACCUUAUGGUCAUCUUGACGAAGAAGAUGAAAACGAAGAAAGGUCACGUGUACCGGAAUCUGAUCGGAUUAUUGCGACAUUUGAGGAGCACGAAGACAGUGUUUAUAUUGUGGAAUGGUCUACGGCUGAUCCAUGGAUAUUUGCCUCGCUUUCCUAUGACGGACGUAUUGUUAUUAACAGGGUACCUCGCUCUGAAAAGUACAAGAUUCUCCUUUAAUAGAUCGAUGUUGCAGGGGAUGUUGAUUCGGAGAAUACGUAGUCACUUUUUCACUACGUUUAUAGCCAAUUUUCCCCUUGGAGGCAAUUAUGUCUUGGCAAAUGCUGAAAUUUUUGCUCAGAAUUUGAGCCGUGAACGCUGUUGGGGCUCGGAGCCUAUUAGGGACCCAGACUUGAAUUAAUUUUUGAAAACCAUUUGCUAAUGGUGGGCUUUGAGCGGAUUUCAAGAGGAAUUUCAAUUCUUUUCUUUCAAUCAGACUUCGUUGUUGAGGAAAAAAAUUGUUACUAGUGGUUUGCUGAGCCCACUAGUUUUGUGUCAAUAUGUGAUUGGUUCAUAGUUGCUAUUGUGUUUGUCAGGCAUGUAAUUACCACAUUCGAACCUACAGCAGUCUACAAAGCUUAGAAUUCCAAGUUUAAUAAAUAAAGGGGAAAGAAAAUAUGAUCCGAUAAUCUGCAAAUCACAUAAUUCUAAAGCUUUUUUGAGGCUUCUAAUUAAUGCGCUAAAUUUUUACUUGGACGCAUUACCCCCCUUUUGAUGAAACCAUGGUAUAUUGCACAGUCCAUAAAUUUGGCAACAUUUGUGGACUGGGGCACAGGCUAUGGUAUACUUGUGGAGCAAUUAAAGCACGAUACAUGUUUUUCAAGAUAUAUAAAGGAACAAAACGUCUCAUUUUUGCCAAGAUGCAAAUUCCGUUCCAUAGUUUCACAUUAACUUGCUUAUUGGCUCCCAUUUACCCUGUUAUUAAUUGAUAUACCAAUAUAUUAUAUUUCAUCUUUUUUUCUAUUAGAGGAGUGUUGUCUAUUUUUAUCUUACCUUUAGAAUGUAAUUCUUUUAUUUUCGUUACAAUAAUUAUCUUCAGAAAAAUGAUAGAAUUUAAGAAUAUAUAAUAAUAAAGUAAUAUCAUUGUUAUAGAAUAUGUAUAAUAUAGUAAUAUCAUUGUUAUAGAUAAGGAAAGUAAUGGCCCAAGAACCCUCCCUUGAGGAACACCUUAUGUUGUAAUAAGGGAACCUGUGCUCAUGUCUCGCAUUCUAAAAACUUUCUGUUCGGUUUUCCUUCCAAAAGAAAAUGUUUGUUGGGCUCAUCCAUUGUCACCAUCGUCAAAGGUUUGGAUCCGGGGGACUUUAGUGAACUCGCAAAACUCGCAAAACAAACAAACUCGCAAACAAAUAGCAGAGAACACCUUUUGUUUUCAACUUACGCAGUAAUUCUUCAGCCCUAUUGUUUUCAUCUAACUCUUUUCUUUUCCUUUUGUAUUAAAUUAAAUAACUCUCUAUUAUCAACUUUUGAGUUUGUACAAAGCUAUUUUUUUUAAGUAAGUUGGUUACAAAGUUUCAGAGAGACACAGGUGGGAGUUUCUCUUUGGUUUUUCACUUUACCUUAGAGAAACAAGUCAGCUUAGCUUAUUAAGAUUCAUUUAAAUUAGUAAAUACAACCAAGCAACAACAUUUACUAAAGGACCUUCAAUUUUGAGCAUCAUUGUUCUCAUUUACUUGAUUGAGUUGUUGGGUUUUUGCAAAUAUGAAUUAAAUUUAAGGUUAAUGCAUUUCAUAUUGCAUCUAAAUUUUAGGAUAGGGGUUUUGGAUUAUUAUAAAUGUUAGUGUAUGUUUUCUUAUUUCAAAUUACCUCCUGCCUUGCUGCUUCCACUACGUGUUUUUAACGUGUCCCAUGUCAAUGUGAUUCCACCACAAGAAGAAAGACACUAAGGUGAAGCUUUGAAACCGAGCCCGGUUCCACUUUGAUUGUAGUUCGGCUUUUGUAAUGGAGAUCAACAUCUGUAUCUGUUUGCCUUUGUUUGACUCAAAAGUCAUAUGAUACACGUGUUAUAGUAUGACUGAAUACUGAAAUGUUAUUCAAUUAUUCAUUCUUUUUGUGGCUCUACUGUUUAGUAGUGUCGUUUGUUAAAAGUAUUUGCUUUAUGAAAAAAAGGCCCUGCUAAUUGUGCCCAGUCUU